AGGAAUGCGCUGCCUCCGCCGGUGAUCAUCGCCAAGUUGCGCCGUCAAAUUAGAGCCUCAGAGCUCAUUUUUUAAAAUAAUCAAUGGAACUGACUGUUUGUAUUGGAGUCGAUCGAGCAUUUUAACUUCUCAACACCUCAAGGCUUUAAUACUAUUGCUGAUAGUAAUGAAAGGUAUUUUAACAGUGAUUAAGUGAUUUACCAGUGGUUGUUCUUGAAUUUCACACCCCUUCAUUUGGAACAGCAGUUAUGUUGAGGCGGGGCUGCUCGCUCUCUUUCACCCACAAUGAGGAAACAGUCUUCACAGUUGGACCAUCUGUCACAAUGCUGCAGGCUGCACUUUUCUGGCUUUUUCUGCUUCGAGUCCAGUCCAGUGUUCCUCCUGUGUUCGUCCAGAAAGGCAAAGAUGUACUUCUGGAAGUCGACAAUGUGACCGAAAACUUUUUUGUAUUUGUAUGGAAAUUUGAUGAAGAGAGUUCGAGUUUAGUCACAUUUGGUCGUGAUGGCACAUCAGAAAUCUCUCCAGCUUACACUGGAAGGAUUGAUAUCCCUGACAACAAGAAAUACUCUGUGAUACUGAAGAACCUACAAGAAACAGACAGUGGAGUUUAUACUGGACGACUGACAACAUUCAAGGGUGACUUCCCAUUAGUCCAACACAACAUCAUAGUUCAAGAUGUUGUGUCUCCCGUCCAGCUGGAGGUGAACUCUGUAUCAAGCAGCUCACACUCCUGUAACGUCACUCUGACCUGCAGCACGGCCGACUCUCACAUCAGCAGCACUUUCAGAUGUAUCGAUCAAAAAUGUGAUCAGGAUGGAGGGAAUCAAUCAAAGAUCACAAACUCCAGCUCUACUCUGGAAGUCUACUUGUGGAAUGUUACAGUGAUCUGUAAACACAGAAACCAGGUCAGCUCGACUGAGGACAGGACGGAUAUUCAACAUGUCUGCCCCCAGCUGACCGAUGCUGUACAGCACAGGAAUCAUGAGAACACUUGGAUUGCUGUUGGAGUGUCUGUGCCUCUUUUCAUCGUUGUUGGAUUUUUGGGAGCUUAUUUGUAUCGUAAGAGAACUGCAGAUCACGGUGUGACUCAUGAUAACACAGUCUAUGCAGUUCCAACGGUUGAAACUCCAGAAAGUCCAGCUGAGGCUCCAGAUACUGAUGAGACUUCAGGUCUUUCUCCAGUUUCCACCGACAGUGGGGUGAGGCCUCACAGCGGGUCGUCAGCUGCUGCUGAGACCAACGGCAAGCCUGUAAUUGACAUUGUAUAUGCACAGGUACAGAAACAUGUAAAACCAUGAAAAAUCUUUUUUCUUUUUUGAUCAAGCUAUGUUCAACUCAAUAAGUGUGAAUAAUAUAAUAUAAUAUAAUAUAAUGAUAUAAUAGAUAUAUUAGAUUUUUAUGAGUUGAGGGCUUGCCAGUCAGUCCUCUUCCCGGAUGCCUUUGGGCCUUCCACUCUGUUGUGGGCUGUACUGAAGGACUGUUGGCUCCACUUCCCUGUCCUGUGGCUUCCUGGUCAGGCUGGCUGGACCCACACUUGCCUCGCCUCCUACAUCAACCCACACUAACCCCAUGUGGACACCUCAUGUUCAGUGAAAGCAGAACUAUGCAAGAUUUGUUUGAGCGCUCCCCCUACUGGUCUCCUGUGAAAGCUCACAGUUGAAGUUGGACAUUUGGGGAGGUGGAGCUUGUGUCAGCUGUCCGGAAUGUAAGAUAAGUUUAAAACCACUUCCCCUUCACUCUUCUCACAGUAACAGAAAGAAACACCGUGUUCUGAAGCUUUCCCACAUCUUAUCUGAUAAAAUAUGCACUGUGUAGAAAUUCAAAAAUCAAUUUUUGAACAUGCAGAAUAUGUUGUUUAAAUUUUAACAUACAGCAUUUCAACACAAAGGCAGCAUGAUUGUUUCAUUUUGGCCUGGCAUUAACAACUGUUAAAAAAUAUGGAGUGAAAUAUUCUCUAAUAACAGUGAGUUAAUUUGACAGCAGACGUCUUCAAAAAAUGUUUUGUCAACUUAGUUUUUUUACAUAAUUAUUUUGGAACUGCUUGUUAUUUUUUAGUGAAUGUGAUUGAGUUUUUAUUAAUUUAUUUUCUGAGUGUUUCUGCAGACGUGUCAUGCUGCAGUUAUGCAACGGGCUCCGUUAUAGAAACAGACGAUACAAGGCUUUGACCAAUAAGAACACAAGUUUAACAACAACUUAUAAAUCUAACAUUUAUCCAUCAGGGUCUCUGUGACUGAAACAGAUAAAACCUCCACCAACCUUGGAGAAAAGUAUUAGUUGAAUCAAAACUAAUUUUCAGGUUGAGGGGACAGAGUUUAACCUGGGUGGGGCUUGAGAAUGUGAUGGAAAUGAAAGCUGCUAUGAAUGUCCUUUAAUAUUUCAACUAGAAAAUACUUGAACUGUUCCUCUGGUGUCGUGCCGUGGUCCAGUCUCAGGAGUGUAUCACUUCUUCAUUUGGCCAGUGAUGCUCUGGAGGUUACAGAAAUCUGUUUGGAGGUUUACAGGUUCAAAUGUGGCUUUCUGCUGCUUUUUGAGUUUCAUUGACUUUUCUAUGACACAGUGAGGCCUGAUGACUUUACGGAAUGAUUUCCAUCACUGUGGAUCGAAGGCAGUGUUCGGGGGACACAUGGGGCGGGGCCAGGUUUCACCUUAGUGUCUCUCUGCUGAGCCGGAGUUGAGGAGAGAAAGAAAUAAAUAACAUCAAACAGUAAAAGUGUUUCCAAACUCAACCAACAUGAGUGUAUAUAGAAUGCAGAGGAAUUCUUCACUUCGCUCCUCAGGUUUGCUGUUCUUAUUGUAGAACUUUCUGUUACUCCCGUUACUAAUUUCUCUUUCUAAAUUUGUGAAAGCAAUGCUCUUGUUUGUGAAAUCUAUUUUCAUACUGUUAUUCAAGUUUCUUUCUGCCAACGGUUGAACUCAUUCACGAUAUUAUUUGACACAGAAGUAAGAAGGUUGUUUUUCCCACUGAGUGUUUUUUUUUUUCAAAUGUAACACCAGAGAUCCAAAGCAUGAAAUCAUGACAAACGAGUAACAGUACAUUAUUUGAGGCUUAAUUAGGCUUUAUUGAAGUCAACAAAGUACAGGACUACAUACUUAUGGGGUUCAUUUUUAUUUUACGGGGUUUGGUGACUGUGGCUCAUGCUGAUUUCCACUUUUUCAGAUAAUAAAAAGAAGAAAAAAACCCUCAUACAACCUGAUGAAUUUUUCCAUGAAUGGCAACCAUUCAGAAGAAACGCAAACACACUUUUCUCAGUUUCAGAAUAGUCUCAGUCACUAUUCACAUUCUUUGUUUUUCACUGUUUGAACUUUAUCUUGGAUUCUUUUUUAUUGUUAAAUUCCAUAUUUUCAUCAUAUUCUUCUCUUAUUUUGUGUUUAGCCUUUUUUCUGUUCACUUUAUAAUGUGCUUUUCACUGUAGUCACUCUGUAAAUUUCCCUGCUGUGGGACGAAUAAAGGAAAUCUGAAUUUUAGUUUCUCUAAUUGCAAUUUCCUUGAACAUCAUUUUAUUGAUUUUGUCAACCUUCUGAGGCAUCAGUGAAAAUACAAGAAUGAUCAUAUUGGAAAGAGCACUACUCACAAAGAUGUUUCCUUCUUCAUAAAGCAUUUGCAAAAAAAAAAAAAAAAUUAUAUCAAAAUUUCCUGUGAAAAAGAAA